AUGUCUAGUUCGCACCUCCUCACCUUGUCGUGGGACGGCUUCAUCGGUGUCUGGACACCCAAUGAUCAUCAAGUAACUCUAGACCGUGACAAUGUCAGAAAAAGCAACAUAAGAGUGUCUUUGCAACGCAAACGCAAAACACCGAUCACAGUGCUGAAAUCUCAAAUCGCACACCGCUCGCGGAUCAACAAUAAGGUACGAGCCUGGGACGUCGAGAAUAGUGUCUGUAGUGAUACUAUAGUAUUGACUGACGCCUAUGAUGGCGUUGCACGAUUCUGGGAUCUACGGAGCACGAAAAGCGCUGUGGCCAGCUUCAUGGGUGGAGGUGUUUUUGUGGGGGAUAUGGUGGUGGCGAGGGUUUCCUACUACAAGCUUAUUGUAUGGGCAAAGUGUGCCUGUAUUCUGGAAGGAAAUAGUAUCAUUGCUGCAGAAGAAUGCGGUGGAAUAUACUUCCUUGGCAGCCUUGCUGGUUCUCUGAACCCGGGCAUUAGAGUCCUUGUUAAAGGUAACAUCGGUAGUGCGAAGUUGCACAGGCAUGUUACUCGACUGGAUCUCAUGGGAAACAGAUAUAAUAACGCAUUAACGAUGUUCCUCAUAGUUCUGAUACGAAUCGUGAGGCCAUACUGCCUGUUGGAAUGCCCCGCUAAGAUCGUGGGGUUCGCAUUGUUCAUGGUCUGUGCUCUGACGGCAAGCCCCAGCCUUCUUCUCAAAGUAUUUAGGCCAUCCAGCCGAGCGUUCAUGACCUUUGAGAUACUGCAUGGCCGAUUCAUUUCCCGUAGGUGGCUUUCAGAAAUUAAUCUUACCUGGGGAAUAGUUAUAUACCCUCAGCUUGUCGGAGUGCGAGCCUGUCUUGGCAUUACUGAGGCAGCCUUACUAAGAUGCUGCGGUAUACGAGACACAUGCUGCAAUAUCGAAGUGCUUUCUCCGGUUUACUGGCCUACUAAUGCAAUUGGUCACACGAGUAGCAUUGCGGAACUCGAAGGAUGGUCUCGGAUCUUCUUGCUCGAAGACCUUGUAACGAUAGUCAUAGCCAUCAUUGCUCUCUUAAAUCUUUGGUUGGUACCCCACGCAUUCCUCAGUUUAUCCUCAGGUGUAAGCGUCACUUCAAACACACUAGAGCUCAUGUUUGUCGGGAUUGGAUUCAUAUUUUCACCAAUCGUGGUAUUUCUUCACAAGAAGACCGACGCACAAUGUGAUACCGCUGAGCGCCUAGUAGUCGAACGGUGA